CUUGGUAACAAAACCUUAACAAAACUACAAAAUGUUCUUCAAGGUACUUUGUCUGCUAUCUGUAGCCGUCGCGGUAGUGUCCGCUCAUGGACAUUCUUCUCAGUUCGUCCACAAAUACGAUGGACACCAUGAACCCGUACAUCAUGGACAUGGUCACCAUGACUACUAUACUCAUCCUAAGUUCGAGUUCGGCUACAAAGUAGACGACGACCACACGGGCGACCACAAGUCGCAGCACGAACACCGCGACGGUGACGUCGUCAAGGGCCACUACUCGCUGCACGAGCCUGACGGCUCCGUCAGAGACGUGCACUACCACGGCGACCACCACAGCGGAUUCCAUGCUGACGUGAAGCACAGCAUUCAUCACAUCGUACUCUGCGUUCUAUCUGUCGCCAUUGCGGCGGUCUCCGCUCACGGACACUCGUCCCAGUUCGUCCACAAAUACGACGGACACCACGAGCCCGUACACCAUGGACAUGGUCACCAUGACUACUACACUCACCCUAAGUUCGAGUUUGGCUACAAAGUGGACGACGACCACACGGGCGACCACAAGUCGCAGCACGAACACCGCGACGGUGACGUCGUCAAGGGCCACUACUCGCUGCACGAGCCUGACGGCUCCAUUAGGGACGUGCACUACCACGGCGACCAUCACAGCGGCUUCCACGCGGACGUGAAGCACAGCAUUCACCACAUCGUACCUCACCAUCAUCAUUACUAAAUUCCAAAGAACUGAAGCUGCUACAAUUUUUUUUAUU